AUGAGAUUCUUCAUCAUCCUUCUUUUGGCUCUUUUAGCUGUCACUGCUCUUGGUAAGUCAAAUAUCAAUUUCAUCAUGUAAAAUAUCUGUAAAAUGACAUUUCAAGUAUAAAAAAAAUUGUGUACCAACAACUUAUCCUAUGACCUUCGACUUCAGGAGCGGCCCACCACGGCAAAAAGCCAGUUCACAAGAAACCAGCCCAUCACCCUCCAGCCCACAAAGCUUCAGCCCACAAAGCCCCAGCCAAAGCCGGUACUAAAGCUCCAUCUGGGACUGGUGCGACUUCAGUUGCCAAGACUACUGGUGCUGCUGCGGCCGCUACUACCGUCAAGGCUUCUUAA